AUGGCCGCUUCCACACCAGAGGACCAUAGUCGAGAGUGGCAUUUCAUCAAGAGGCAAGGCUGUCACAAUGCUACACCUAUUUCUACUCGCUAUGAAACUUCGACUGUCACGAGUCAUCAUGUUUCGUAUUCGUACUAUACUUCUACCUCUCAUUCCAGCAAUCCUCCUGAAACGACGAAACCUGCAUAUACUUCUCGAACACAUUACACGUUUACUUUCGAACCACGGCCUCCAAUCUCGAUCGAAACGAGAACGAGUACUACUCUACUCCCGCCCAAGAAGAGCGUCGUAUCAACUACCAGUGAUAUUAUACCAAGGGCGAGAGCAGUACAUGGUACGCCAAUAACAAUCACCCAGACACACGUCACAAGGACACCGGUCGAGACUAUCUAUAGUUGUCCUCCUACUAGUCGUGGACCCACUACUAGCACGAGCUGGAAUACCGAUCCUACAUCCCGUUCCAGUCGCGAGCUGCCUGCAUCCCACUCUAGUCGCGAGCCACCCACUUCUUGGCUCGAGCCCACAUCACGUUCCGGUUGGGAACCGCCCUCCUCUUCGACUUACUCGACGUCUCGGCCGACGAUUGCCACCGACUCUGUUCCACCUUCUUCAACAUGGGAUGAGCCAGCGACCACCUCGAGGGGAACCUGGUACCCUAGCCCUCCAGUGUCCAGCGCGGCUACUUCUAGAUCGAGGCCCACUUCUACUGCGCCUCCGUUGACAUCUCCACCCCUAUCAUCAAAUACGCAGUCCACAUCUACCAUACUCUCGCCGACUUCUUCAGCCCCGAAUUCUACUAUUACUCUGGUGCCAUGGCCUCCUACCGCCACACGUUCCUACUCCGAGUGUGUUUAUACGCUCUUCGACGGCACGUACCCGUAUUCGAGUUACACCGCGCGCUGUUCCCCGACCACGAGUGAAUCGCUUUGUACUUCUUUCUACAGGAACGGUGAAUGGGAUCUGGUUCUCUGCACGUCUGGUUCUACAAACACAACUAGCACGACCUCAACCCUUACCAAUGUAACCACUUCAACUCGAACCAUAACCUCGUGGCCGUGUAGCUCGUACGCAACUGAGUUACAGCAAUGGGUCCCCGUAUCUUGCAGCUCGACUGCACCCAACAUUACAACGUCUUCACCAGGCGGUUGUAGCUCAUUUAUGGACCCCCGGUCUGGUUGGACCAUAGUCCCUUGUACAUCUACGCCUAAUAUUACGUCAGUUUCGCCGACAAUAACAAUGCCUCCGACUGUGACAAUCACCCCCACUCGCACACACAGCAGAUCUUGUAGCACUCAUGACCAGGAUCUGAGAACUUGGAUUCCAGUGCCAUGUGAUCCUUCUACGAAUACUUCGACAAUCGCAACGAUACCGGACAGCACGCCCACACACAACACGACAACGAUCAAUACUAUCACUAGUGUAUUCAAUAUUACUAAGACCCCGACAAUCACGACGAGGCCGACUGCGUCUCAGACCCAGCACUGCAGUACUUAUGUUCCAUCGCUGGAACUGUGGGUUUCUGCCCCGUGUGUCACCGCCACCCCGACGUCGAUGUGUCUUGAUGAUAGCCAGGAUAUAUGGGUACCAUGCACAUCAGUGGCGCGCACGUCUGGUACGGAUACUUGGACUUUGAUCUCAGAGGUUACGGGUACUUCCAGCCCCAUGACCGCGACGACUACACGACAUCCUCAUACUUUCCACCCUACUACUGCCUUUACAGAAACCGAUGAACCAACCUCUACUGACGACACAACCCUCACGGAUAAGCCUACAUAUACACCUGAAAUCCAGACGCAUACACCAACUCGAACCCCACUCACUUCCAUUUCCGAUGCGAACAUAGGAACUUCAGAAGUGCAUUCGUCUCACCUUACUUAUACCUCAGCGCCCCCCACUUCCCAAACGAGCCCGGGCACAUCUUUUGAGAUAGAAUCUUCUAGCGUCCAAGAAACAACAACGUUCAGAGGCCCUACCGACCCUGGGUUACCUCGGCCUACCUCUCCGCGGCCCACCCAAUCUUCAACUUCAACGGUACUUUUCACCUCGAAUUUUAUUGUCCCUUCCACGCAGGGGAUUUUCUUUCCUUCUCCAACUUCAACUCUUACUCCUGCUCCCGAUGGCAUUCGAAGUGGCACUCUGGCAGGAAUCAUAGUAGGAAGCAUCCUUGGUGUAGUCGGUCUGCUCGGUAUCGGCGCAUUUAUGAUAAAAUCAUUUGGUGGUUAUAGGGGCCACGACAUAUUUGAGCCUCGUGGGGGUUAUCAGGCUGCACCAAGUGGAGGUUCGGCUGGUGGUAGGGAUGGAGGUAGUGGUGGAAUCGGGGCUGGGGGGCCGAGUGGUAUGGCCGAAAUUCGAAAUGAGGCUCCGCUACGUUCGGCUCUGCGCAAUCGGGGUGAAGUCGGUGGUGGAUGGAACGACGCAUCAUGGGGGCCGGCGUAUGCAUAUACGGGCGUCGCAACCGCUGCAGCCGUAGCUGCGGCGACCAGCAGCAACCAACGUGGACGCGACCCAGGAUCUGAUGGGCGCUACGCAGAUGGUGGGAUACGCGACGAGGACACUCCCGACGCGGUGCCCCAGCGAUAUGGAGAUGGCGGCCUUGCCGGUCCGGAUUCGCAUUACGAUACAGAGAUGAACGAUCGCGAUCAUGGGUACGAAAGUCGUGAUAUACGAUACAUUGUAUCGAAUUCAGAAGUCCAGUUCGAUCCGUACCGUGACUUGCCUAACGGCCAAGAUUCCGUUCCUAUUGGGAACAACCUGACAAGACAAAGCGCGUUGACAGGGCCCGGAAUUUCGCUUGACCUUGCUGGGGGUACCCAGCCUUAUCACUCGACGCCAGCUGUCUCUGAGCAUUAUCCGCCUGCAUCUUUGCAACCCGAUCAAACUGAUUCCGGCGUCUUCAUGUCCGGUUCGAAUGGCCAAAGUACAACAAGCUUUGCACCAAGUACCAUGGAUCCAUUUCCUCAGCCACAUCCAGAUCAUACGCACCAAAUCUCGCCUCCUUACGUGGAAUAUGGUGGUACAGGAGGCGUGGCGCACGAGUCGCCCCAGCCUUUUAUGUCAACAGAUAUUCAGCGCCCGCCGUACUGGGAAAACAGUGCACCAGUUGCGUCGGUGGACUCUUUACCAAUACAUAGUAAUAUUCCUAGGUACAGUGCCCUUAUGGGUGCCGACAAUGUGGUUGGCACCGGGGGCUCUUCGGCGCCAGGUUCCAACAAUACGCCCGGCGUUGGGAGUCCAUCGGCCCCGGCCCUGGGUAUUGCAAGUAUGCCCAGUAUAGAGGGCACAUCUCACGUUGAAGGUUCUAGUCUCGCCAACCCUACUUGGGACCUCCCUGGCGUCGCGGAAUUUGGCCAACAUGUUGCCGAUCCUCCAGGCCCGCAAAUCAACGAAUCGGCCUGUAUCGCAGGAUCUGCAGUUCCUGAUGCACCGAGAGGUUUACACCAAGGAUUGAAUCAACGGGACAAUGUUGUUUCGUCCCCUGUUUCUGCUUCUGGAGUAGGUAUGCGUCCCCCAAAAGUUGGGGGUCCAAGAGCGAGGCCGCAACGAUCCCUUCCUCCAGGAGAAUCUAUGACUCGUCUAGAUUCACGACGUAGUCUUCCGCCAGCUUAUGAAGAAUAA